AUGAACCCGGUGGUGCAUUCCAUUAUGUACUACACAGCAAGCACCCUUGGAGUGAAGGUGGGGGGAGGGGUGGCCAUGUGCAUCACGACCUUGAAGAUCCUCCAGAUGGUGGUGGGUUCGACGGUCAGCCUCUCCGCCGGAUUCUACAAGCUCCUGGGCCUCUCGUGUCGUGUCAGCGAUGGUGUUGUUACUAUGGCGCUCCUAGGGUACUUCUCCUACUUCGCCCUCUUCGUCGACUUCUUCCGCAAUGGCUACCUGAACAAAUCUAUUAAAUUGGCUAAGAAGACCCCCUAG